AUGAGCUUUCUUUGGAGAGGAUUGAAAAGGGAGUAUAAGAUCGCUUGGGUGAAAUGGGUGGAUUUUUGCAAGCCUAAAAAGUUAGGAGGCAUUGACAUUCAUGACCUUCGGUUGGUUAACUUGGCCCUUUUGGGUAAGUGGAAGUGGCACAUGCCUUCCGGGGAUUAUGGCAUUUGGUGUGAUAUUCUCACAGCAAGAAAUGGAGUUUCCUCUAUGACUUCAAUCAUGGGUGGAAUAGCCGAUUGCCUCAUAUCGGCCUCACCUUGGUGGAGAGGGGUUUCCAUUUUAGGAUCUAAAGCCGUUGACACUUCUGACUGGUUCAAGGAUGGGUUAUUCUUUAAAAUUGGUUCUAGUCUCCUUACCUCUUUCUGGAAGGACAUUUAG